CCCCGCUCUCCGGCCUUCCCCACGGACUCUUCCAGCACGACAUCUCCAGCCAUGAACCGGUUUGGUUCCCGGCUACUGGGAGCCACCGCGAACCCGUCGCCACUUACGAAAGCCCGCAGCAAUGAAAACCUCGACAAAAUCGACAUGUCACUGGAUGAUAUCAUCAAAUUGGAUCGAAAGGAAGGGAAGAAACAGAAUUUUCCAAGACUAAACAGACGACUUCAGCAAAGUGGUGCCCGGCGAUUUAGAAUGAGAGUACGGUGGGGCAUUCAACCAAAUUCUGGUUUUGGUAAAAAUAGUCUGAGCCGUAGAGGAAGAGUAAUGCCAAAGAGACGUCCUUAUGGAGUUAUCACUGGCCUGGCAGCUAGGAAAACAACGGGACUUCGAAAAGGAAUUAGUCCUAUGAACCGAGCACCUUUGAGUGAUAAGAAUGUAGAGCGAUAUUUUCCAGUGUUCAAAAGGAAAACAGACCUUCUGAGACAAAAUGAAGUGCAGGGCAAACCAGUUGCAGUCCUCAAGAGACCGAACCAGUUAAAUAGAAAAAGUAACAUUCCAGGCAACUUGACCAGAAGCGGAAAUAAAUUAAGCCACCCGAAAGAUUUCAGAAGAGGCCUGAAGGUUCAGGCCCGGUUGAACACAGAACAACCGCUAGAUGAUGCAGUAGCAAAGAGAACUCGUCAAUGGCGGACUUCCACCACAAAUGGAGGAAUUUUAACAGUAUCCAUUGACAAUCCUGGAGCAGUUCAUAACCCAGUAACUCAGAAACCACGAUUAACUCGUACCUCUGUACCAUCAUUCUUGGCAAAACGGGAGCAAUCUGAUGUAAAGAAAGUUCCUAAAGGUGUUCCCCUACAAUUUGACAUCAAUCGUGUUGGAAAACAGACAGGGAUGACUCUGAAUGAGCAGUUUGGGAUCCUGAAGGAACAAAGAGGCACUCUCACGGUCAACAAAGGAGGAAGCCGCUUUGUAACCGUGGGAUAG